UAAUGUGCAGGGGUUGUAUGCUCCACCGUCUAAAAUAAAUCUAGCCAACAGGUGGUUUAGAGGCAUUUUGUGGUGCCACUAUUUUCUUUCAGGUACUACAUGUACUUUUUGUGAUGACAAGGGUAAAUUACCAGCCAAUUUUGCUGAGUGGUCAACACCGAGGAAGAUGGGGAAGACAGAGCCAGUGAGGAAGAUGGCUCAGCCCUGCCACCGAUGCCCACCGGCCACUCCCGUCGGUCACCAGCGUAGGAGGGGCGCACCAUCGAGGAGCAGCAGGGGAGGAGAAGAGGAUACACCGCCGGACUCCCUCUUCACUUUAUGGUCCGUGUACAAUUUAUUCCAGUGCUCGACUCGGUGUCCGUCCCAACAAAACCUAACAUGUCGGUGCGAAAUUCUGCUAGCCAGCUUGACCAUUUGCUUUGGAAGGAGUAAUUCAACUCAGAAAGGACAAAUGAUUUGCGACUAUUUUUUUCCUACAAUCUCUUUAGGAACCGCAUCACAACAGAUCAAUGGCAUUGUAGGUUCAGUGGCCAUGUAUGCUGAAUAUCCCCUCACUAUACAAGAUUGGAUUUUAGUCUAUACAAGCCAUCCUCUCAGCUGCUCAGACACAGGUGAAUGCACUGGACUUUUUGAGAUCGAGGCCACCAACGGCAUAUGCCAAGGGUGUCCAUUGACUACCUGCCCAAGGUCUGGAUUCACCGAGGAGGUACAACCGGACACUUGGUCGGCUGCCUACUGCAAUAGCGACUGUACAAAUAGCGGCACUGUGUUUGGUCAUUUGUUCUUGUGGCUUCGUGGCCAUGGGCACUUUACUGCUUUGUUCCAAAAAAACCUGAAAUCUAUAAUGAAAUUUGCAGUGGUGAUGAUAGCGGGUCUUCCGAAUCGCUUCCUCAGCCUAACAACAGAGCCUACAAACCAACUUUUAUCAACAUCGGUAAUGAUGCUGGCCCUUCGCACCGUCGCAUGAAAGCCAAGAAAAAAAAGGAGCACACAUUGCAUGUAUUCCUUGGUCAGUUUUACCAAGAAAUAUCUCUGCCGCUGUAUUGACCCAAAGCUUUAUGACUUGCUAAUAAAAUCUAGAGAUGGAAAUCCCUGCAUCAAAGCCCGUCUAAUCAAAGGAGUCAACAAUAGGGCAAAAAUUACUAGAGGCUGGGCAGGCUUCUUCCCCGCAGCUAAUAUGAAGGAAAGAGAAAUAUAUGCCUUCGCUUUCAAGCGCAACUACAAGCGCUUGGGUCUCACCGUGCACGCCCUCUGAGCAUCAUGUUCAGUCUACUAAACUAAGCAAUUAGCCUAUGAAGUUCUAUGUGUAUAGCUUCACUCUAAAAAUCUGUUAGCUUUUGGCACUGGACUCUUUGGUCAUCAUGUUCAGUCUACUAAACUACCUAAAUAGCCUAGGAAGUUCACUUGUGACCAAAGGAAUCCAUUUACAUUGCCCUAUAUAUAAUCGUCAAUCAAUAUCCUAGAAGACCUAAAA